GUCUACUCCACAACAAAAAACCAACAACAAAAAAAAACAAAGGGAAAAGAUGGCUGCAAAGGAGAAACUCGAGGCGGUGUUAAAUGUGGCUCUGAGGGUGCCCAGCAUCAUGCUGUUGGAUGUCCUGUACAGAUGGGAUGUCAGCUCCUUUUUCCAGCAGAUCCAAAGAAGUAGCCUCAAUAACAACCCUCUUUUCCAGUAUAAGUAUUUGGCCCUUAAUAUGCAUUAUGUAGGUUAUAUCUUAAGUGUUGUGUUACUCACCUUGCCCAGGCAGCAUCUGGUUCAGCUUUAUUUAUAUUUUUUGACUGCCCUGCUCCUCUAUGCUGGACAUCAAAUCUCCAGGGACUAUGUUAGGAGUGAACUGGAGUCUGCCUAUGAAGGACCAAUGUAUUUGGAGCCUCUUUCCAUGAAUCGGUUUACCACAGCCUUAAUAGGUCAGUUGGUGGUGUGUACUUUAUGCUCGUGUGUCAUGAAAACGAAGCAGAUUUGGCUCUUUUCAGCUCACAUGCUUCCUCUGCUAGCACGACUCUGCCUUGUUCCUCUGGAAACUAUUGUUAUCAUCAACAAAUUUGCUAUGAUUUUUACUGGAUUGGAAGUUCUCUAUUUUCUUGGGUCUAAUCUUUUAGUACCUUAUAACCUUGCUAAGUCUGCGUAUAGAGAAUUGGUUCAGGUAGUGGAGGUAUAUGGCCUUCUAGCCUUGGGGAUGUCCUUGUGGAACCAGCUGGUAGUCCCUGUUCUAUUCAUGGUAUUCUGGCUCGUCUUAUUUGCUCUUCAGAUUUAUUCCUACUUCAGUACUCGAGAUCAGCCAGCAUCACGUGAGAGGCUUCUGUUCCUUUUUCUCACAAGUAUUGCUGAAUGCUGCAGCACUCCUUACUCUCUUUUGGGCUUGGUCUUCACGGUUUCUUUUGUUGCCUUGGGUGUACUGACCCUGUGCAAGUUUUACUUGCAGGGUUAUAGAGCUUUCAUGAAUGACCCUGCCAUGAAUAGGGGCAUGACAGAAGGAGUAACACUGUUAAUACUGGCAGUGCAGACCGGCCUCAUAGAACUGCAGGUUGUGCACCGGGCCUUCCUGCUCAGCAUCAUCCUUUUCAUCGUUGUGGCCUCUAUCCUGCAGUCUAUGCUGGAGAUUGCAGACCCCAUUGUUUUGGCGCUGGGAGCAUCUAGAGACAAGAGUUUAUGGAAACACUUCCGAGCUGUAAGCCUUUGUUUGUUUUUACUGGUAUUCCCUGCGUAUAUGGCCUACAUGAUUUGCCAGUUUUUCCAUAUGGACUUCUGGCUGCUUAUCAUCAUUUCCAGUAGCAUCCUCACUUCUCUCCAGGUUCUGGGAACACUCUUUAUUUACGUCUUAUUUAUGGUUGAGGAAUUCAGAAAAGAGCCAGUAGAAAACAUGGAUGACGUUAUCUACUAUGUGAAUGGCACUUACCGCUUGCUGGAGUUCCUCGUGGCCCUCUGCGUGGUGGCCUAUGGUGUCUCAGAGACCAUCUUUGGGGAAUGGACUGUAAUGGGCUCAAUGAUCAUCUUCAUCCACUCCUACUACAAUGUGUGGCUUCGGGCCCAGCUGGGAUGGAAGAGCUUUCUUCUCCGCAGGGAUGCUGUGAAUAAGAUUAAAUCAUUACCCAUUGCUACAAAAGAGCAACUGGAGAAACACAAUGAUAUCUGUGCCAUCUGUUAUCAGGAUAUGAAAUCAGCUGUGAUCACGCCGUGCAGUCAUUUCUUCCACGCAGGCUGUCUUAAGAAAUGGCUGUAUGUGCAAGAGACCUGCCCUCUGUGCCAUUGCCACCUCAAAAACUCCUCUCAGCUUACAGGAUUAGGGACGGACCCAGCUCCACAGCCUCAUGCGGGAGCUGAGCAAAACAUGCUUCCGGAAGGUCCUGAACCCCCAGACCGUGAGCAUCCUCCAGGGACUGGGAUGCAGGAAGGUUCUGAGGACAGUACUGAGCACAUCACCAGAAGACCAGGUACCCAGGAAGGAGCUGUUGGCCCCAGAGAGCACCCUCAGAGUACGAAAGAGGAAGCACGUCCUGUUGAAUCCGCAUAGAGGAGAAGCGGGAAUGACACUGGUAUUCUGGAGAAGCUUGCUCAAGGUGGAAUUUGUGCUCAGAUUCGAGGUGUUGGGUGUAUUGGAUGAAUAGGUAGGAAACUGACGUUCCAGUGGUCUAUUCCAGGAAGCACUCACAGUGGAAGCCGCCUGCUUUCAUCCCUUGACGUGGUGGGAGAAAUGAUGCAAUGUAUGCUAAUCAAAAUUAUAUGCUCUAUGCCGAUGUUUUCUAGAGAUUUGCCAAGAAAAUUCAACCUCAUCAACUUCAGGAAUGGCCCCUGAUUUGUGAGGGAUAAGUAAGGUCAGAUUAAAAUGUUUGAAAGGGGCUGAGGAAAAGAGAACAAAGAACAUGAGGACAGCAUGGGAAGGAGUGGGCAGAAGUGGAACCAGCGUUUCCCUUUCUAUGGGACGGGAUCAUUCUUGUUAUAAAGUAUGAGUAGCGACCAGCCUUUUCCCCAUCCCCUUUUCCAUCACCUAAUUGGAACUCAGUCAGUUGAUUAUUGACAGCACUGCAGUGAAACCAGAGAUGUAGAGGUACUGAUUGUAUUCAAAGAUGGAAGCACGUUUAUAUUUCAGAUGUGCUGUAGGGAAAGGGUGGGUGGGUGCUGGGCCUUGCGGGUGCAUUCAUGUUAACUGAGACUCUUGAACUUUAUGACGGAGUCUUCAUUAUUUUGAUGUAUAUGGAACUUUUGUUAAUAUGUUGUAUACUUUGCUGGCUGUGUGAAGUAAUCUAAAACUCUCAUGAGCACUUUGGAAUUCACUUUAAUGAAGGAGGCCAAAGUGGGAGGGGCUUUAGGGCACUGAUACAGGCCCUGAGUGUACUUUUCAAUCUUGUGUGAUGUUUAAUUCUUGCAACUGAAUCAAAACAGUGUUAAAUUAUGGCAAUAUUUGCACUUUGGGAAUGAGUACAUAACUGUAUGAUCACACUCUGCAAAUGCCACUUUUAAAGCUGUUAAUAGAUUUUGCACCUUUUCUUUGACAAGGAUGUGUCAUAUUUAAAUUUUUACAUUCAUCAUGGCUACAGGUAGAACUGGGGAGGGGGGAAUGUACUUUUUUAUGGGAAUUUUGAUAUGAAAAGAAACUAGUCAUUUAUUUAUACAAUAGGCUUGGCUCAAAAAGUGUUUUUCAGACUUGGUAUUCCUAAUGUGGGAUGUGACUUUUAUUUUUAGUAGCAGAUUUGGAUGUAGACUGACAGACAUAACUGAAUGUCUUAAUAAAUUUAAAUUUGAAGAUAA